AUGAUGGACGGCAGUCAAGAGGCUAGUAGACGAGAUGAAGAGGACAAGGAAGAGGAAAUAAAACAGGACGAUAAGAGCGAUAAGAGCAAAGCCAAAAAGCCCGCAAGCGCUAAGAGGCAGUCUUCAUCGGAGGACGAAGAGCAACCCCCAGAAAAGAAGGCAAAGAAACGGAGCGACGAUGACGCUGAAGAUGCCAAGCCGGCGGCAGCCAAGAAGAAGUCGAGUGCACCGAGUGUGGGGACUUAUCCCAAGCCUAAAAACUUCGCCGAGAGAAUGAUGAACGUCCUCGAGAACAAUGUCGACCCUAAGGUGGUUAAAUGGCAUGGAGAAGAAGAUCUUAUAGCCAUCAACACCAAAUCGCUAAAGACUAGUGAAAUCUUGGAUGAUCGUUUCCAGGGUAUCCGAUACGCGGCUUUUAUCAGAAACUUGUCCAGGUGGGGGUUUCGUAAGGUACCCAAACUCGAGGCCGAGGAUGGCGUGGUCGUAUACCGCAACAGCCUCUUCCAGCGAGAAAACCCCCAUCUCGUCCGGCACAUGAAGAUUGACAGUGAUGUCCAAGACAUCUUUGGGCAACACCAGCGUUCGUCCUAUCAGCGAGCUUCUGCCGCUGUUCCACAGCCCCCACAACCCCCCGCUGCACCUCCGCAACCGCAGGCAGGGGGGUUGGUUCUUCAAGGGGACUCCCUGAACCUGCUCGCCCAGUUGAUCACCCAGCAGAACCAACCGCAGCAGCGUCAUGCCCCACAAGCCAAUCAUGCCCUGGAAUCGCAACUGCAAAGUCUGCAGGCAGCCCUAUCGGGCCAGGUCGUCCCGGCUCCAACAAGACGUACCCCCCAAGUUAUCCUUGAGGAAAUUGUCGGCCUCUCGAAGGAGUAUCUGGAAGCGGUUCCAUCUACCGCAGGGAAUCCGGGAGAAGAAUCCAUAAAUGCGCUUCUAACGCUCGUUGUUGGCUUGGGGACGGAACAGAUUCGAGCUCGGGAACCGGAGGGAAUGUCACCCCCAGGAUCGAUGGACGCCCCUGCACCUCAACCGCAGCAGGUUUCAAGUUCGAACCCUUUGCUUCAGGAGCUUUUGUUGUCGGUUGGGCAGUCGCAAAACCAGCAACCGCCGCCGGCUGCUGCGGCUGCUCCUCCUCCACCUCCUGUUUUUCCUGGUGCCGGGGUGGGGUCUUCAGACUCUGUGUUGCGACAACUGCAACAACAACAGCAGCAACAGAAUCGCGCCGCCUUGCCUGCGCACCUCUUGGGCCCGCAAGCGGAUAUUCAAAGCAUAUUGGCCCAAGCAGCGGGGAUCAGUUCGCUGAAUGGGGCACCCCUGUCGCCGCAGUUGUUGCUGCAACUGCAGCACCAGCAUCAGCAACAACAACAGCAGCAGAAUCAGGGGAAUCCCAACCUACCUUCUCCUCCUGGAGACAACUGUCGUCAGUCGUGA